GCCCGACGGUGGUGUGUAGUGAGGCUUGGUCCUCGGGGCGGGAUCUGGCGGCUGGAACUGGCCCUCGCGCGGGGACCGUGGAGAAUUGAUGGAGACAGCCAGGGGAACGGGGCCCGCCGGGGCCACAGGGGUCCCGGCCUCGAAGAAGGUCAAAGAGAGGUCGCAGAACCGCGGUCGCCGGCGGUGGCGAAAAGGCAAGGCCAAAGUGUCGAGGCUAAAGCAGAGCAUGGACCUACACACAAUGACCCAGUCGCUGGUGACUGUUGCAGAGGACAACAUGGCCUUCUUCGCAAGCCAGGGCCCUGGGGAGACAGUGCGGCGGCUGUCAGGUGUCUUUGCAGGUGUUCGGGAGCAGGCGCUGGGGCUAGAGCCGGUCCUGGCCCGCCUGCUGAGUGUGGCACACCUCUUUGACCUGGACGCGGACACACCAGCCAACGGGUACCGCAGCCUGGUGCACACAGCCCGCUGCUGCCUGGCACAUCUACUCCAUAAAUCCCGCUACGUGGCCUCCAACCGCCGCAGCAUCUUCUUCCGCACCAGCCACAACCUGGCCGAACUGGAAGCCUACCUGGCUGCCCUCACCCAGCUGCGCGCCCUGACCUACUAUGCACAGCGCCUGCUGGCCACCAACCGGCCGGGGCGGCUCUUCUUCGAGGGCGAUGAGGGGCUCACUGCAGACUUCCUGCGUGAGUACGUCACACUGCAUAAGGGCUGCUUCUAUGGCCGCUGCCUGGGCUUCCAGUUCACGCCCGCCAUCCGGCCGUUCCUGCAGACCAUCUCCAUUGGGCUGGUGUCCUUCGGGGAGCACUACAAACGCAAUGAGACAGGCCUUGGUGUGACUGCCAGCUCCCUCUUCACCAGUGGCCGCUUCGCCAUUGACCCAGAGCUGCGCGGGGCUGAGUUUGAGCGGAUCACACAGAACCUAGACGUGCACUUCUGGAAAGCCUUCUGGAAUAUCACCGAGAUCGAGGUGCUGUCGUCUCUGGCCAACAUGGCGUCAGCCACCGUGAGGGUAAGCCGCCUGCUCAGUCUGCCGCCCGAGGCCUUUGAGAUGCCGCUGACUACCGACCCCAAGCUCACAGUCACCAUCUCACCGCCCCUGGCCCACACGGGCCCUGGGCCCGUCCUCGUCAGGCUCAUCUCCUAUGACCUACGUGAUGGGCAGGACAGCAAGGAGCUCAGCAGGCUGGUGAAGUCUGAAGGUCCACGGAGCCUAGAGCUGCGGCCACGCCCCCAGCAGGCACCCCGCUCACAGUCCCUGGUCAUACACAUCCAUGGAGGAGGCUUCGUGGCCCAGACCUCCAAGUCCCACGAGCCCUACCUCAAGACCUGGGCCCAGGAGCUGGGCGCCCCCAUCAUCUCCAUCGACUACUCCCUGGCUCCUGAGGCCCCCUUCCCCCGUGCCCUGGAGGAGUGUUUCUUCGCCUACUGCUGGGCCAUCAAGAACUGUGCCCUCCUCGGCUCAACAGGGGAGCGGAUAUGCCUUGCUGGGGACAGUGCAGGUGGGAACCUCUGCUUCACGGUGUCCCUUCGGGCAGCAGCCUAUGGGGUACGUGUGCCAGAUGGCAUCAUGGCAGCCUACCCUGCCACGAUGCUGCAGUCUGCCGCCUCCCCCUCUCGCCUGCUGAGCCUCAUGGACCCCCUGCUGCCCCUCAGUGUGCUCUCCAAGUGUGUCAGCGCCUAUGCUGGUGCGGAGACAGAGGACCACGUGGAGUCAGACGAGAAGGCACUGGGCAUGAUGGGACUAGUGCGCCGGGACACGGCCCUGCUCCUCCGAGACCUCCGCCUGGGUGCCUCCUCCUGGCUCAACUCCUUCCUGGAGCUGAGCGGGCGCAAACCCUCCAAAACCACCGUGCCCACAGCAGAACCAAUGCGCCGCAGCGUGUCUGAAGCAGCACUGACCCAGCCCGAGGGCCCGCUGGGCUCGGACUCCCUCAAGGGUCUGACACUGAAGGACUUGAGCCUGAGGAGCAGCUCCGACGGGUCGGAUGCCCCCGAGAUGUCGCUGUCGGCGGAGAUGCUUGGCCCGUCCACACCCUCCGACGUCAACUUCUUACUGCGGCCUGACAAGGUGCCCGAAGAGCCGGAGGCCAGGAGUGAGCCGAGCACCAAGGACAGAGACCACGGCUCCCGCGCCGCGUUCCCGGAGGGCUUCCACCCGCGGCGG